GGAAGCGUUUCUGAGGGAUUUAAGGUUCUAACAGGACAGAAACAGGCCGGGGCGUCACAAAGGGUUUUAAAAGUGAUUCAACUGGAAAUGUUCUAGUUGUUCCAGUUCAGAGCUGCUGGUUCUGCAGAACCUAAAGAUAUUAAGGAGAAGUUUUGGCUUCUAGAAAAUGAGAAAAAGUACAAAAAUCAUCAGGCUGUUGGACCAAACUGCAUGGUGUCGAAGUCUAAACUGUCUUAAUCUGCUGUUUGCCACAAUCUUCUGAUUGUCUGAAUACGACACACAUGAGCAGCACACAUUAAACAUUCUGUCCUUUUCCAAUUUAACAACUAAAUCAUCUCAGGAUUCGUUGUUAAAUGGAUCCAACCUGGAACCUUCUGACUGAACCAAAAUGUGAAACCAAAGCAAAUCUUUAAAUGUCAUUUCAGCUGAACGUUGUUAGCAGAGCGCAGGGAUUUUAUUUCUGUUUAACUUUUACAGGAAAGAAAUCUUUAUAUUCCUGGAAUCUGGAUAAACAAACCCUGAUGCAGGAAUCAGGGUCCUGAUCUGGAUCCUGAUCUGGAUCAUGGAACAUGCAGAAACAUAUUCCUGCAUCAGGAACAUGGAUCAUGGAUCAGGACCUGAAUCUGGAUCCAAAUCUACAUCUGGAUCAGGAUCAGAAUCAGAAACAUGGAUCAGGAUCUGGAUCAGGAUUUGGAUCUGGAUCCGAUCCGAAUCCAGAUCAGGAUCAGGAUCAGGAACAUGGAUCAUGGAUCAGGAUCAGGAUCAGGAUCAGGAUCAGGAUCAGGAACAUGGAUCAUGGAUCAGGAUCAGGAUCAGGAUCAUGGAUCAUGGAUCCGGAUCAUGGAUCAUGGAGCUCAGGAGUUUCAGGAAGUCAUUUUUCUCUUUAGAUCAGAAAAACAGAAACAAUCUGACAGCUUCAACAUAAAUCCUACAGAAAAGUGGAAACUGCUGAGUCAGGGUGUUUUCUGGUCUGUGUGUGUUGGGAUGAUGCAGUGGGAUUAUCACAGUGUGGGUCUGAUCAUCCUAACUCCGGCUUCCAGUGGAUGGAGGAGAGACCAGCAGAUAUCUGCAGUCACGCCAGAGCUGCUGCUGAAUCGAACCCGAUUCAGCAGCAUGAUGCUCUGCAGCGUCAUGCUGGAGUUUCUCAUUGGUCGGGUUUUAUUGUUUCUCCGUGACCUCAGAUCCUGGCAGCUGUGGAGAUUAUCUGCUAUUGUCUUCAGUAAUCUGCAGCAGAAAAUGGAAACGCAGCAGGAGUUCAUCCUGAAGGCUGUUUGGUUUGUUCUGCUCAACGUAUGUCCAGGUGUUGUUAGGUUUUUAAAGAUUAUAAUCCGGCUCAUGUUUGGUGCAUGUGAAGCCGCCGCCGCUGCCAGAGACCAGGAACUCAUUUGGAAAACGAUCCCACAGGUGAGAUGCCUCCCGACUCCACACAGUUCAAACCGGACUUUAAUUAUUCUGCUCUCUGGAUGAGAAUAAACGACAGCGAACAGAUGAAGCCGCUGACGGAUUAACUCAUAACCGGCUUAAUGAGGCGAUAAAACACUCGGCUGACGGUUCCUCACCGGUUCGCCGAGCCCCACGCCAAAGGAAACACAGGGUUGGGUUUUUGGGUUUUCUCAUCAGGUUAUCGUUAGACCUGCUGCUGAUGUGUGGUUUAAAUAUUUCACCCUGACAGCAGAAAUUAACGGCGCCUGUAGUUUCUGAUUUAGUGGUUAAAGAUGUUAUUUUUAUCCCACAAGAGAAACUAAAACAGAUGAUUCAGAAAUUAACUUGAAAUUUUGCAGACGUUUGGACCUCUGACCGUCUCACCACAACAUUUCAAUCACCUUUAGGUUGAGACUUUGACUAGGCCUUCGUAAAACUUUCUGUUUUUGUUACUUAUACAUAAUUUUCCUUCUCAAAUCAUUUUUAUAAAUUGUGUGUUUGCUCAUUUUGAACAUAAAUAACUGUAGAUUAACAAAGAGAAAAACAGUUUUCAUUAAAAUGGAUUUUUCAGUAAACAUGAAGCAGCAUGAAUGAAGGUCGAAACAUGAAUAUGAAAACAUCUCACAGGAAUUAUUAGAAUUUAUUCUAGAGGGAAAAACAUUCAGCCUUUUCUUCUGUGAAAUGAAAUAAUCAGUUUGUGAAUCAAAAGUCAUUUCAGUUACAUUAAUGUUUAUUAUUUGUUUUUAUUUUCUGUUUUUUGAAAGACGAAACAUUUUUAUCAUAAAACCUUGAAGAUAUUCUGAAAGUGUUUUCAUGAUAUAAAAUUACUGCAUCAUUCUCCUAAUGGUGCAACUUUAUUCUGGUAAUAUGAUGAGUUUAUUAUCCUAAUAUUUCAACUUUAUUGUCACACAAUUUUCUUCUUAUUAUGACUUAAUAAUAUUAUGAGUUUAUACUCGACUUUAAUGUCAUAAAACUUUUUUCUCAUUACUCUUUUAAUUGUAUUUUUUGUAGCCUGGUCCUAAUAACAGCUGAACUAGAAUCAAGAUUUUUUUCUACAUGUUUAUUUUAAGUUUAUAUUUGGGAUUAACUGAACUUCAUCUGAGAAAUACAAACUGUUUAAAUGUUCUUCCAGGUGAUGGUGAUGGAGGGUGGGCGUGAUGGAGGUGGAGGGUGAUGGAGGUGAUGAAGGGUGGAGGGUGAUGGAGGUGGAGGUGAUGGAGGGUGGAGGGUGAUGGAGGUGAUGGAGGGUGGAGGUGAUGGAGGUGAUGGA